UAUCUGUUGAAGGAACUACAUGGGGCAACAUUAUACAACAUUCGUUACUUUUACUCUUAAAUAUCCUUGGUUCUAAUUUUAAUGUUUGGCAUACACACUAUAAUAUCAUCCAUUUUAUUUUUCUGGAUGGUUUUGAGACGAUAGCGUGCUUAACUUUCUUAAGAUACACCUUAGUUUACAUACUUUUCUUUUUCAGCAACUUUACCCAGUUACCAGACUUAGCCAUCUGUUAAGGAUAUUUAACCAUUCUUAUGUGUGAAUGGAUCAAAGAGGACCCAAUAGAACGGUUGGAUCUCUGAAGUCUACUUCUUCUCUUGUUGAACUAUCCAGCAGCACAGGACAUCGUAUUACUCAUCCACCAUUUACGAAAGGUGCAUCGACCGAAACAUAUACAACCACCAGAUUGGGAGAUGGUUUGUCUCUACGUACUUCUUACCACCAACUACUACCAACAUCUCCAGAGUAUUCAGCAAGCAUAUCAUCAAACCCUUCUCGCUCCUCAUUUCUGUCACGUCAAGUAUCCUUUGAUCAAGGAGGAGAAGGUCGUCUUUCUUCAACGCAGGUCAAACAACGCUUAAAAGCUUACUUGCUUAAUCGUCGUCGUGGUCGUGUUUUAAGUAACAGACAUUGUAGAACAGAUAGCAAAUUACCUGGUUCGUCGCAAAAUCCCUUUACAGAAUCAGACUUCGAUGAAAAUUUAGAACAUUCAGGAAGUGAUUCAGGUCAACAUGGAAUCUCUCAUAUAGUUGAUCAUUGGCAUAGUGCAGAUUCACCUUCUUUCAGUGAGUGGGAUUUAGGUGAUGAAAAUUUAAUUGUACAUCAGCACCAUUCACUAGAUUUGGAUUUGCAGAGAAAAUUAGCAGAUUUCAAUGCUUCCAUAAAACCUACGUGUCUUUCAUCGAAUUUAGAACAUAUUUCUCAUUCAUCAUCACUUUCCACAUCUAGUAAUGUACCGUCUUUCAAUUCUGUAAAUAUUAAAGAGUUAAGCAAAGAACGUGGGGAUAUUGGUAUUGUUCGUGGUAGCACUGGUGCUAGUGAGCGAGAAUCGGACUCUAGAGAACUAACAAAAUCCAAUCAAUUUUAG